GACAGAGAAGGCUUGAGCCAUGGACAACUGUGAUUUGGAGAAGCUCACUAUCUCUGCUGGGAAGCUCCAGCCAGCCUUCUCACCGCAGGUUACAGACUACAAAGUGACGGUGGAGAGCAGUGUCAAUAAAGUGACUCUGGGCCUGAGCACCAGUGAUAGUGCAGCAUCAUACAGCAUUCUGACUGGCGAUCGUUCCAGCACUGUUACGCUGAAGGAGGGGAUAAACCGAGUGGAAAUUGAAGUGGUUGCUGAAGAUGGGACAGUGAAGAAAUACAGUGUGGACGUCACCAAGCUGUCAGCAAAGGUUGCAGAGCUCAAACAUCUGUCCCUUAAAGGGAAUAUUCCACUUGCUGCCAAAGUCCAUGAUUACAGCAGUUUCGUCCCAUUUCACUGUAAUUCAGUGACAGUUAAAACCAAGGUUCCGGACAGCCUCAUUAAAGUUACAAUAAAUGGUAGCGACUCUCAAGCUGUCUCACUACAUUUUGGAGACACCUUGGUGGAGCUCUCUGUCCGCUCAGCAGAUGGCAGUGUUACGCAGGUACAAACGUGUGUUUGUGGAUCGUCCAAUAUCUCAUGUGCAACUGGAAUACUGGUUUCAGUGUAUAUUUAUUUUCAAAUUGCUACCAUUUACCUUAUGAACCCCUAA